CGCGUGCGCGCCGCCCAGGUGAGGAGGCGGCGGCCUGAGCCCUCGAGGGCGGGCUUCUAGGUCCGCGGGGCGGGAUGGGGAGGAGCCCCCGAUGCCCGGCUGGGGCGGGGCAGGCGGCGGAACCGCGGCCAGACCAAGGCCAGAGGCGGGACCAGCCGCCGCCGUCUCCGUCUCGGUGUCCCGUCCCCCACAGCGCCGGCCAGUCGCCGCGGGAGAAGCGGAAACUGCCGGGCGCGCCGCGCCGGCCGAGAGCGCGCCGAGCAGCUGCGGGGCGGCCUCCCUCCCUCCGGCCCAGGCUGCCGAGCGGCGCGCCGAGCCCCUGCCCCGCCGCCCCUGCCCCUUCCCCGCGGCCCCGCCCCGGCCACACCCGGCCUCGCCGCGCGCCCCCAGCCGGGCCCGCGCCGCCCGAGCGCGCGCACCUGAGCCGGUCGGCGCCCACCUGAGCCGGUGCGCCGGCGCCAUGGCGGAGCAGGAGAGCCUGGAGUUCGGCAAGGCGGACUUCGUGCUGAUGGACACCGUUUCCAUGCCCGAGUUCAUGGCCAACCUCCGGCUCAGAUUUGAAAAAGGACGCAUCUACACAUUCAUCGGAGAAGUCGUCGUUUCUGUGAAUCCUUACAAGCAGUUGAAUAUCUAUGAGCGAGACACAAUUGAGCAAUAUAAAGGACGUGAGCUCUAUGAGAGACCUCCUCAUCUUUUUGCUAUUGCUGAUGCUGCUUACAAGGCUAUGAAGAGGCGAUCAAAAGACACGUGUAUUAUGAUAUCAGGGGAAAGUGGAGCUGGUAAAACUGAAGCCAGCAAGUACAUUAUGCAGUAUAUCGCAGCCAUCACCAACCCCAGCCAGAGAGCAGAGGUUGAAAGAGUGAAGAAUAUGUUGCUCAAGUCCAACUGUGUCUUGGAAGCUUUUGGAAAUGCCAAGACCAACCGCAAUGAUAAUUCAAGCAGGUUUGGGAAAUACAUGGAUAUCAACUUUGAUUUUAAGGGGGACCCUAUUGGCGGACAUAUCAAUAACUACUUACUGGAGAAGUCUCGUGUGAUUGUACAACAGCCAGGAGAAAGAAGCUUUCAUUCUUUCUAUCAGUUACUCCAAGGAGGUUCAGAGCAGAUACUGCGCUCUCUGCAUCUCCAAAAAUCCCUUUCAUCCUACAACUAUAUCCAUGGAGGAGCUCAGUUAAAGUCUUCUAUCAAUGAUGCUGCCGAAUUCAAAGUAGUGGCUGAUGCCAUGAAAGUCAUUGGAUUCAAACCUGAGGAGAUUCAAACAGUAUAUAAAAUUUUGGCUUCUAUUCUUCACUUGGGAAAUUUAAAAUUUGUAGUGGAUGGUGACACGCCCUUCAUUGAAAACAGCAAGAUUGUUUCUGUCAUAGCAGAAUUGCUCUCUACCAAGACAGACAUGGUUGAGAAAGCCCUUCUUUACCGCACUGUGGCUACAGGCCGUGACAUCAUCGACAAGCAGCACACAGAACAAGAAGCCAGCUACGGCAGGGAUGCCUUCGCUAAGGCAAUAUAUGAACGUCUUUUUUGUUGGAUCGUUACUCGCAUCAAUGACAUUAUUGAGGUCAAAAACUAUAACACCACAGUUCAUGGGAAAAACACAGUUAUUGGUGUCUUGGAUAUCUAUGGCUUUGAAAUCUUUGACAACAACAGCUUUGAACAAUUCUGCAUCAAUUACUGCAAUGAGAAGUUGCAGCAGCUUUUUAUUCAGCUGGUACUGAAGCAAGAACAAGAAGAGUAUCAGAGGGAGGGGAUUCCCUGGAAGCAUAUUGACUACUUCAACAAUCAGAUCAUUGUGGACCUUGUGGAACAGCAACACAAAGGAAUAAUAGCAAUUCUAGAUGAUGCCUGCAUGAAUGUUGGCAAAGUCACUGAUGAAAUGUUCCUUGAAGCACUCAAUAGUAAAUUGGGCAAACAUGGCCAUUUUUCUAGCCGAAAGCUCUGUGCCUCGGACAAAAUCCUGGAGUUUGAUAGAGAUUUUCGAAUCCGACAUUAUGCGGGUGAUGUAGUCUAUUCUGUCGUUGGUUUUAUUGACAAAAAUAAAGACACUUUAUUUCAAGAUUUCAAGCGUCUCAUGUAUAACAGUUCAAAUCCUGUUCUGAAAAAUAUGUGGCCUGAAGGUAAACUGAGCAUCACAGAGGUGACCAAGCGACCUCUGACUGCUGCCACCUUGUUUAAAAAUUCGAUGAUUGCAUUAGUAGACAACCUUGCAUCAAAGGAACCAUACUAUGUGCGUUGCAUCAAACCCAAUGACAAGAAAUCCCCACAGGUAUUUGAUGAUGAACGAUGCCGGCACCAAGUAGAGUACCUUGGACUGCUAGAAAACGUGAGGGUGCGUCGGGCAGGAUUUGCCUUCCGUCAGGCGUAUGCGAAGUUUCUUCACAGAUACAAGAUGAUUUCUGAAUUCACCUGGCCUAAUCAUGACCUCCCUUCAGACAAAGAGGCUGUCAAGAAACUGAUUGAAAGCUGUGGUUUUCAGGAUGAUGUAGCCUAUGGGAAGACCAAAAUUUUCAUCCGAACACCCCGAACACUGUUUACCUUGGAAGAACUUCGGGCCCAGAUGCUUGAAAGGAUUGUCCUCUUUCUUCAAAAGGUGUGGCGAGGCACACUAGCUCGCAUGAGAUAUAAGAGGACCAAGGCUGCUCUGGCAAUAAUAAGAUACUACCGGCGCUACAAAGUGAAGUCCUAUGUCCGAGAGGUAGCCCGACGCUUCCACGGUAUCAAGACCAUGAAGGACCACGGGAAGCAUGUGAAGUGGCCAACCCCUCCUAAAGUUCUUCGUCGUUUCGAGGAGGCCCUCCAGGCAAUUUUUAACAGAUGGAGAGCGUCCCAGCUCAUCAAGAGCAUACCUGCUUCAGACCUGCCACAGGUCAGGGCAAAGGUGGCAGCCAUGGAAAUGUUGAAGGGACAAAGGGCUGACCUUGGACUCCAGAGGGCCUGGGAGGGCAACUAUCUUGCUUCGAAGCCAGACACACCUCAGACCUCAGGCACUUUUGUCCCCGUUGCUAAUGAACUGAAACGAAAGGACAAAUACAUGAACAUCCUGUUUUCCUGUCAUGUCCGGAAGGUGAAUCGAUUUAGUAAAGUGGAAGAUCGAGCAAUUUUUGUCACUGAUCGUCACCUGUACAAAAUGGAUCCCACUAAGCAGUACAAGGUGAUGAAGACGAUCCCUUUGUACAAUUUGACUGGUCUUAGUGUUUCCAAUGGAAAGGACCAACUUGUAGUAUUCCAUACAAAAGACAACAAAGACCUCAUUGUCUGUCUCUUCAGCAAACAGCCAACCCAUGAAAGUAGAAUUGGAGAACUUGUUGGAGUUCUGGUGAACCAUUUCAAGAGUGAGAAGCGCCACCUUCAAGUCAAUGUCACCAACCCUGUGCAGUGCAGCCUGCAUGGGAAGAAGUGCACCGUCUCCGUGGAGACUCGGCUCAACCAGCCGGAGCCUGACUUCACCAAGAACCGCUCGGGCUUCAUCCUCAGCGUGCCCGGGAACUGAGCGCCACUCCACACCGUAGGUUCCAGUCUAAUUGCUGACCCCCUGCUACUGCUCGCUAGAAAUCAGUUCACCUGGGCCCAACGCUCGGGGUGGAGCCCCACUUUGCCUUCUCUACGGCCCCUCUUCCAAGGCCUCCUGCCUUUGGCCUCCAUCUCCUACUGUCCCUGCUCAACAAACCAAAGACCCCAGAGUCCUGCCCCAGCCGCCUGGACUGACACACCCAGCUCGAAUCUCACCUCAGAGACACCUGAUGGUGCCUUCCAAAAUCGCGGCCGAGUCAAGUCAGUACCCCCUGGCCCAGCACCCAGCAGCUGAGGCUGCAAAAGAUGGGGUGAGCUCAGGAUGUAGUUUGCCAACCAAAUUUGUGCCCCAUUAGGGAGUGGGGUGGUGCGGGGAGCUCUAGUGGACAGCAGCUGGGGAUGCAGCCCUGCUCUCUUCCUGAGCCCCGCCUGCCUGCCCACUUCCUCGGAGGUGGCUGCAUCCCCCACCCCUACCUCUCCCAGAGCUCCUUGGGUCUCCUCUUCCAGCAUCGAGCCAAAGCUGCCAGGUGAGCAGGUGAGGUUCACCUGGAGAGCCAGCCCCUUGUCCCAGAGGCCAGCAGCCUGCAGCACAGUCACCCCCAGCUGGCAAUCUUGUCUCCUCCAAAGCCAGCACUGCCUGGGCCUCAAGGCCACCAUUCCAGAACAAGCACUCUCCUCUGGAACCACAUAGCCUUGCCUGUCUCGCCACACUUAAGCUUUGCGGCUUGCAGGAUCCUCACCCAGCUAUGAUGUCUGCCGUGCCAGCACUGGUGGCUGGAACACUAGUGAGAAAUGGCUUUACUGGGUGUGCCACUGCCGGGUCCCAGACUGGUGAGAAAUGGACUUGCAGGGGUGAGGAAGGGAUCACAUGAUCAAGGAGGUUCUCCCCUUCUGACACCUAUUUGUAUUGGGGCAGGUAAGGUGGCGUACACAGGAUUGUGGGGAAGUGGAGUGAGAGAAAACAGAGCAUGGGGUCCUGACACUGCAGGCCAGGCCAGGAUGCCCCCACCACACACUACACACACACACUAUGCCCCCCAACACACACACACAUACACACACCCACACACACACACACACACACACACACACACACACUAUAGCCUAGGGCCCAGAUUUUUGCCAGUUUCUGUCGGCAGAAAGCACAGAUGCUUCCUAUACCUUCCUGAGACCAUCCUCCUCCUGAGAACGAUUCAACCUCCUGGGCAGCCCAGGCCUCCCUGCCAGGGACCUGAAGAAAGGAAACUAGGGUCCCCCCCUCCACCCUCCAGUGGGAGAAGGGGACUCCUGAGGUUACUGAGGGUAAGCCCACACCUCAGAAGGAGCCUGGCAGGGUAUGAUAGAAGCACAGGCUGGCAGUGUCUCCACUUUCUGCCACAGAUACUCCUCCCACCACACACACACACACACACACACACACACACACACACACACACACACACACACACACCAGCGAUUGCUCCUGCCACUUUGACCUUGCAAAACACAGUAAGUGCCUGCAUGCAGCCUCUGGUGCCUCACCCAGCACCUGGCAUGACCCCCAUGUGGGCCAGCAGCCUGGGCUCAUGCUUGCCCCUCUACCCCAGGACCCCACCCCAGCACCCCAAGCUUGCAGACUUUUGCACAGCAUUCAGUCUACAACAAAGAACCCUGUGGCCUCCUGUGCUUGGAACCCACUCCUGUUCCUGAACCCCGGCCCGCCACCUGCCCUGCACGCACAGUGGUGCCUUGGGCCCAGUACAGCCGUGCUCUCAGCUCUGCCAACCGCCAGUAGACACUAGUGGGACCAUCUAACUGGAACGCCGCCUCUCCUCUCCACUCAUCUCCCCCUAGCUCGCUGUUUUCCACUAGACACAUGCAAAAAUGUACGUCUUAGACACAUCCAAACAGAACGUGCUAAAUGAGAGCCUCUCAGAGAGUUACUGCAGCCCUUCAGCCCAGUGCCAGGGCCGCCUCCUGGCUGAGGGCCAGGGAGCUGGUGUCAAGCAGCACUUUUCACAGCGUCCUAAAGAAGCAGCGGCAACUGAAGAAAGAAUGGGAAAGUUGGGAUAUGAAUGUAGCAGUGCUUCCAGGUCACUGAGGGCAGAGCCGGGGGUGCAGUGAUUGUAUCCAAUGAAGUGUUUCUCUUGAUUUGAUUACAUGGAGUUUUAUCAUUUGGUGCAUAUACUCCUAUUUCCCAUUAAAUUAACUUUAUUUCUAAAGCCUAUUUUGAUUUACCACCAAGAGCAAUAAAGCAUUAAAUCUUA